CGCACAGGCACUUCCGGUGACGUGGAAGCUGCCUCUCAGGACCGGGAAUGAUGGCUGCUCCCCUGAGCUCCGCGCUGCUCUUCCUGGCCGCCCUGGUGUUGACCCCGGGGGCUCUUGCCGGAUCCCGAACCCUGGUCCUGCUUGAGAACAUUAACCUGCGGGAGACGCACUCGCUCUUUUUUCGCAGCCUGAGCGACAGGGGAUUCGACCUUUCCUUCAAGACUGCAGAUGACCCAAGCCUGUCCCUAAUCAAGUAUGGAGAAUUCCUGUAUGACAACCUGAUCAUCUUUUCGCCGUCAGUAGAAGAUUUUGGAGGAAACCUCAAUGUGGAGAUGAUAAGCUCCUUCAUAGAUGGUGGUGGCAGUGUCCUGGUGGCAGCCAGUUCGGAUAUAGGGGAUCCUCUCCGUGAGUUGGGAAGUGAAUGUGGCAUUGAGUUUGAUGAAGAGAAAACGUCCGUCAUCGACCACCACAACUAUGACUUGUCAGACCCUGGCCAGCACACCUUGAUUGUAGCCGACCCCGAAAACCUCCUGAAGGCCCCAACUAUUGUGGGGAAAAAUACCCCAAAUCCCAUCCUGUUCAGAGGUGUGGGUAUGGUGGCCGAUCCUGAUAACCCCCUGGUGCUGGACAUCCUCACCGGCUCUUCCACCUCCUACUCGUUUUUCCCUGAUAAACCCGUCACACAGUACCCACAUGCAGUCGGCAAGAACACUCUCCUGAUUGCAGGGCUCCAGGCCAGGAACAAUGCCCGCGUGGUCUUUAGUGGCUCCCUUGAUUUCUUCAGUGAUGCUUUCUUUAACUCUGCUGUGCAGAAAGCUACUCCCGGCUCCACCAGAUACUCAAAGACCGGAAACUAUGAGCUGGCAGUCGCCCUAUCACAAUGGGUGUUUAAGGAGGAGGGCGUGCUGAGGGUCGGAGCUGUGUCUCACCACCGCGUUGGAGAAACACAACCACCCAGCGCUUAUACAAUCACUGACCUUGUGGAGUACAGCAUAGUGAUUGAGAAGCUUUCUGAUGGGAAAUGGAUUCCCUUCGAUGGAGACGACAUUCAGCUGGAAUUUGUACGCAUUGAUCCAUUUGUCCGGACCUUCCUGAAGAAGAACGGUGGAAAAUACAGCGUCCAGUUCAAGCUUCCAGAUGUGUACGGCGUGUUCCAGUUCAAAGUAGAUUAUAACAGACUGGGGUAUACUCACCUCUACUCCACCACACAAGUGUCUGUACGGCCUCUCCAGCACACCCAGUAUGAGCGAUUCAUUCCCUCAGCCUUCCCAUACUACGCCAGCGCCUUCUCCAUGAUGUUCGGCCUCUUCGUCUUCAGCAUUGUUUUCUUGCACAUGAAAGAGAAAGAAAAAUCUGAUUAAAAAGAAAUUGCUGCAGUUUUACUGAGCACAGAAUGCAGUCAUCAUCCGGUCCAGGGGGGCCAGAAGGGGGAGGGGGGGCAUUUUGGUUGUACAUUUUUGGAUUUCUGUUUUAAUUUGUGCAGAUUUUAUAUAUUUGACAUCAUUCUGUUUGCAGUCAUCUCUAGGGGCCGGUGGAGAGGAGAUAAGUAAUGGGGGAGACAUAAGACACACUGACACCCCCUCCACCACAGACGGGACACAUUUUUUUUUCUGUGUGGUGAUUUUUUUUUUUUUUUUUUGGACGUUUAUGGGCACUUGAUCUAUUUGGACCAUUUGUAAUAAAAAUAAAAAUGUUUCCCCCAUAACCCUCCAUGGUCCUGUCAUUUAUCUGCACACAGUAGCAGACGGAGUUUAGCUGUCGCUUUUUUCAUGGAUGUCAGGCCUGUGGUCAUCUCGCUGUUGAACCUCUACAGAUGGACCAUGGUCACUGACUCCUGUGGGGGACACAAAGGGCUGAGCAGAGGGGAUGGCGUCGGUGAGGGAUCUGAUCUGAGGUAUAUAUGCUGUAGCCAGAUUGUUAAUAUAGACAGGCACACUUCAUUUGGAGUAACCCGGAGAAAUUUAGUUUAUCAUUCAUAUAUUAAUUUAUUGGUCAAUAAAAAAUUAAUAUUUUAUAUCUCUAUCUCAACAUUAAAAUAUACAAAUGUCCCUCUAUUUGUGGUGUAUGCGGUGAAUGGUUGAGAUUUCUUUCACCUCCUCUAAUUGGAUCCAAUUUUUUAUGUUCUUUCCAAUAUAGUAUAAAACAAAUUUAAAAUAAGCAAAUAGUCCCAAUGGAUACUUUGUAUUAUUGUAUAGUUAAUUUCUAUUCCCAAUGCGCUGAUCAGCAAUUUAUCGACCAAACAACCAGUUCCAAUGGAUACUUUAUAUUAUUAUAUAGUUCAUGUAUAUUCCCAAUGCGCUGAUUCCUGGGUCUCUUAUAUUGAUGGUGGUGUUUACACAGUAGUAACUGAGAGUCUGUUACUCACUGUUUAGAGAAGAUAAGUUGCUACGCUCCAUGGCGUCCCACGUGGUAGCUACAGCGCUUCCCUCAGAUUCAUAACCUGGUCUUUCUUUAAUUGUUAACAAUAUAUUGUCAAUUGCUAUCCAAGACAUAUAAAUAAAAUGCAUUGCGAUUUUGAUGCC